UCUCAGAAUUUGAUUAAAAUAAGCAAAGUACAUACCAGUCAACAUUAUUGAAUGCUUUUGUAAUAUUCAGUUAGAAUGAUGAUGAUGGUUAUAGGUGUUUGGGCUGACAGAAGAAAAAAAACUUUAAGUUUGGAACAAUUGCACACGUUACAAGGUCAAGCGUAGAACCGAGCAUACCCAGCUAAUUAUAGCCUAUGCUAAGAGCUCAUGGCUGUGUAUUUUUUAAAUGUGGCCUUCCCUGACUCCAAUAAAUCAUUUACAUGAAUGUCAUGAUGGCUCAACCGACUGCCUUUUUUUUUUUUUUACAUCACCAAGUAGUGAAUGAUGCAAAUUCCUUAAGUUAAAUUACCUGUGAAAUCAUUGCUAGAGUUGGAUAAAUAUUUGUUAAUACUGAAUAAAUGCUCCAAUAAAAAUAAAUGUAUUCUAAUUUUAACCUAUUGUCUAUAGUUUGAUGGGUCUAUUUGAAGAACAAAGCUACUUGUUGCAUUAAUGUUGCACAUGCAGACUCAGCUGAAUUAUUCAACAGUCAUUAGCCCAGGAGAUGAAAAUAUCUCUCUUCUGUCUCACUGUGUCCACUAGAUGGACCUCCUUUCACAUAAAUUCUACCCUUAGAUAUUUCCCACCUCUCACUCUCAGUUUCCCCCAUCUGUGCUGAAUGACCCUGGCCCACUCUUCUUCCUUGUAGCUGCACUAUCUCUGCUUGAAUUCGCUACACCACAGGCGCGAUGGCAUGCCGUCUUCUCCGCGCUUUGGCCCCAGUGGCCACUCUCCAGUACUCGAGCUCCACUAUGAAAAUUGGCCGAGUCCUAAAUGUCACCUCACCCAUUUCACUAGGGACAUGCCACACCAAGAAGACCUGGCCCCAAAGCUUCUCUCAGGAAGAGCUGAAGAAGCGCUUGACACCUAUGCAGUACCAUGUUACUCAGGAAAAGGGCACAGAGAGUGCGUUCAGGGGAGAAUACACAGACCACAAAGAGGAGGGAACGUACACUUGUGUUGUCUGCGGCGCCCCUCUGUUUAUGUCAGAUAAGAAAUUUGAUUCUGGCUCAGGAUGGCCAUCCUUUUUUGAUCUGAUCAAAGAAGAGUCAAUAACACAGACGGAUGAUUUUUCUUAUGGCAUGCACAGAGUGGAGACGAGCUGCAGUCAGUGUGGCGCUCACCUUGGACACCUCUUUGACGAUGGCCCCCGGCCCACUGGAAAGCGUUACUGCAUAAACUCCGCCUCACUCAACUUUCAGCCAAAAAACGUUGCUCCUGAAGGGUCAGAACCAAAUGGCGCCACAGGCCAAUCAUCUUCUAGUAAGAGUGAGCUUUGAGGGGAAUUUCAGUAGACCAGUCAAGUAUUAGAAUGUUGAUGUAUAUCCUUUUAGAGUUCACUCCUGGAUGACUAGAUUCAGGUCAAGCCUGAUGCAUUACCGUACAGGUGAGCCUAGCAAUAAGACGGGUACGCCUCGACCAACCAGAAAGCUAUCCAGUAGCAGUACUUCAACAGCACUAUUUAUAAUCCGUAUAAAUCACUGAUAUGCUCUUCCAGUCAGUCACCCAUAAAAAUCCCCCUGUUCCAGAAAUGCAUGUUACCUGAAACGGCUCUCCAGGAAAUCUGCUGUGCGCUACUGUUUUUGCCACCUACCAGUGGUUUUGAUAGAGCAAGACCAUGGACUAUGAGAUUUUUCUUCUCAAAAAUAUAGUGGAACAUUGUUGCUUGGAAAUGAACUAUAUAUGUGUACUUUCACAGAGGGAUGUGGUGUUUUUGAAAUGAUAUUUGAUAUCAGGAGGUCGUGAGUUUAAGGAAAAUGCUAUGCAAAGUGCUCCUGUGAGCGGUAAAAUAAACACCAAGUAGAGAACAAAGCAUUCUUUCAAAUAAAAUGGAACAUAUGACAAAUGUUUAGUCUGAACACAAAUGUAACCUGACUUUUAAGGGUGAGGUUUUUUCUUUUUUUUUUGUCUUCCUGCUUGUGGUGCCUCUUUCUCCUUGCCUUGACUAUUUUUUUUUUUUUUUGGGGGGGGGGUUGAUUUACAGAUGCUGUUGACAGUUGUGAUUAAACAGUUAUUGAGUCCUA